GUACAAAGCAGCUUCUAUGCGGAAGAACAACCGAGCAAUCUGGUCAAAGAAGGCGACUUUUUGAACGUUCACGUGACAUCUGCACCGGCGGUCGUUGCUCUAGGAUUGAUGUUCCUGAAAAGCAGUGAUGGAGAGGUGGCGCGUUGGCUCAAACCUCCGGAUAAUUUCCGUUCGCUGAAAGCCGUACGUCCGGACAUCUUAUUACUGAAAACAUUGGCUUAUAACCUAGUCAUGUGGCGUGAAAUUUUACCGAGAACAUCUUGGGUGAAAGGCAACGUCCCUGACAUAGUGGCCAACGCAGUGACCUGUUUUUCAAAGUAUGACCAUCUUGUCGACGACGAUGUGGACGACGAACUCAUAUCUCAGUCCUAUUGCUACAUCGUUACCGGUGCCUGUUUUUCUCUCGGUUUCAAAUUCGCCGCCUUCAAAAACGUUAUGUUUCUUCACCUUCACGAUGACAUUUUUCAGUUCUCCUUCCUCAAGAUCUUUCUGCCCGAUGCCAGACCGGCACACCUAAAACCGAUUUCCAUUCGACAACUAGUCAAAAAGGCAGGCAGGUACACCAUCGAGUCGUGUAUCGGUGCGAUUUUGUUGGCGAUGGGAAUCGUUAUGGCUGGCACAGGUAACCUCGAUCUUCUGCGCAUCAUUCGUUGUUGUCACGGCCGGCUCGAUUUUGAUGACAGUAACCUUUGUCCAUUUCACAUGGCCACACAUAUGGCCCUUGGACUUCUUUUUCUAGGUGGAGGAAGGUUUUCCCUGAAGGGCGAUAAUUUCUCGAUUGCAGCCAUGCUUGCCGCUUUUUUCCCGAAGUUUCCGAUUCAUCUUAACGACAACAGGUAUCACUUACAGGCGCUACGACACCUGUACGUUUUUGCAAGCGAUUUCGUUGCGCUAUCUACAAAAGACGCGUCAACCAACUGCGAUGUGUCCACUGACGUUGCUGUGACAUUUAAGGUUUACACUCGUGUGUAG